AUGGCCUCCGCCGCGGGGUCGUCCCUCACCAACAUGUCCGUCGUCGUGCCCGUCUUCAGCGUGGCGGGUGCCGCGUCGGCCGCGUGGGCCGUGCGCGCGGUGCUCGCACGCCACGACGGCGACGUCCGCGCGUGGGCGGUGCGCUUCCUGACGGGGCCGGGCCGCACGUCGCGGCUGCUGCUGCUGCUGUUCAUGGCGUUGAACCUCAAGUCGCUGCCGUUUGCGUGGACGGCGCGCAUCUUUUGCGCGCUGAUCCGGCACACGCUGUGGCCGCGCAAGCCGCUGCCGCCGCCCGCGCUGUUCCACUACAGCAUCACGCGCUCGCGCACGUCGCUGCUGGAGACGGACUACAACUUCCACAAGUCCAACAGCACGUACUUUGCCGACCUCGACGCCAGCCGCACGCACCUCGUCAUGUACCUGCUGGGCCCCGGCUUCGCGGCCGUCGGGCGCAACGCGUCGACCAAAAUCGUGCCGUCGCCCGCGGACGGCGUGACGCCCAUGGCCGGCAGCCUCGGCGUCGGGCUGGGCGCCGUCUUCUGCAGCUUCCGCAAGGAGAUUGCGCCGUACCAGCCGUACGAGAUGUGGAGCCGCGUGCUGGCGUGGGACCGCAAGUGGCUGUACAUUGUGACGCACUUUGUCGUCAAGGGCAAGGUGCGGCCAGCCGGCUGGGACGGUUGGCAGGGGGGCCCAACGGCCCAAAAGGCGUGGACCGCCGCCGACGAGGCCAACCUGCAAAAGUACGUCAUCGCGACGGCUGUUAGCAAGUACGUGUUCAAGCUCGGCCGGUUCACCGUGCACCCCUCGUACCUAAUCGAGGCCAGCGGCCUGCUGCCGACGCGGCCCGGCGACGGCUGGCGCGGCGGCGGGGCCGAGGCCGUGGGCACCGUCGACGACGCCGACGAGGCCGAGCUCAUGAGCGAAUCGCCGACGCCGACGACGGACAGCGAGAGCGACGGCGAGACGUGGACGUGGAAGAAUGUGGAGCGCGAGCGCCGCCGGGGCAUGGCGCUGGCGGGCCAAUUUGCCGCUCUGGACGACGCCGGCGCGUUGUUUGAUGGCGGCAAGAACGGCGCUCUGGGCAUCUUUGGUCCCGGCUGA